AGCAGAAAACCUAAACCCCAUAGCCACCCAACUCAAUGUCAUGCAGCAGCAGUUCGGCGUGUUUCAACUUGUGCUCGUGCAACUGUUAGCCAGGGAUAACCCAGGCGACCCCCUCAUUGCCCUACUCAAUCCCACCAACCAAAUACCUACCCAAUAGCCUCAACACAAUAUGACCUCACCAGCCCGAACUGCAACUCUACCUCGCAACGACUCUCCAGCCCACUCACACAUGGCACCUCUACCUCAGCCCCCACCUCAGUCGGCCAUCUCAGACCUUCCCAAAGGGAACUCCGAAAAAAUGCUACCCGAGAACCGAACUCCACAAACUCCGACCCUCUCGAGUUCAGCCCCAAUCCCCACCCCCCUCAAUCCCAACAUUCUCCAAGAGCCGUACCCGUCAGGGUUCCAAAUGCCACAGCUUGAAACAUACGAUGGCACUAAAAACCCCGAUGACCACUUGCAUGCCUUUUGCUCCAUUAUGCAGGCUCAGAAUGCCUCAGAUGCCUUGAUGUGCAAGAUAUUCCCUUCUACAUUGCGAGGAAACGCUCGGACCUGGUAUUAUAGCUUGCAGCCGAGCUCGGUCAGUUCCUAUGCCGAGCUGGCAGCGUUCUUUGCAACCAAGUUCUCCAGUCGUCGGUUAAUUAAGAAGACGACCUUCGAGCUCAUGCGAGUGGCCCAGAGGGAAGGCGAAUCCCUUAAAAAUUAUAUGAAUAGAUUCAACAAUGUAGUGCUCGAGAUUAGCUCUUUCAAUCAUGGUGUGGGGUUGGCUGCAUUGAUUGCAGGCCUCAAGCGUGACAGAUUCCGGGAUAGCCUGAUCAAGCAUGCACCUACCACCUUUGAUGAGGCCAACGAAAGAUCAUGGAAAUUCAUUCAAGCGGAGGAAUAUGCUUUGUCCGGCAAAGCAACUCCGAGUAAAGAGAGUCCCCCUGCCACCCGAGACCAUAGUAAGUACUGCGACUUCCACCAGGACCACGGCCAUACCACGGAGGAAUGUCAAAGCCUGAAGUCAGAACUGGAGGGCUUAGCUCGGAAAGGCAUGCUCAAUGAGUACGUCUCUAAGGGGGAUCAGCCUAAAUUCGUCCGGGAACAAGGACGACCAGGGGCACCUCGAGAGGCAAGCAACAGGGUCGGCGUUGGCUACCAACAAGCACCACCUCCACUCCCCCCACCCUCACGUAUCAUUCAUAUGAUCACAGGAGGGUUAGAAGCUGGCAUAAUGAGCUCAAAACAGCAGAAGUUGUAUGUUCGGGAAGUCAAACAUCAGAACCGGGUUCAGAAGAGAAAAUUCGAUGAGACAGAUUGGAGGAACCAACCCAUAACUUUCAGGGCAGUUGAUUUUGAUGGUGUUAUCACCCCACACAAUGAUCCACUCGUCACCUCGAUCAUUGUUAAUAGCUGUGAAGUCCACCGCGUCCUUGUUGACACAGGAAGCGCUUCGAACAUAAUGUACUAUCAUUGUUUCGAGAGCCUAGGUCUUGACCCAGCUCUCCUACAGAAAUAUGACGGUCCUAUCUACGGCUUCAACAAUCAACCAAUCCUUGUGGAAGGCGUACUCACGCUCAAGGUAGCCUUCGGUUCAGGUCGGACAUAUGUUACUCCGUCAGUUCGGUUUUUGGUCGUAAAGAUGGCAUCCUCUUUCAACAUCGUCAUCGGAAGGCUAACCUUGACAGAAAUCCGAGCUGUUGUUUCGCAGUCCCACCUAUGCAUGAAAUUCCCCACCCUUAUGGGAGUAGCAACUCUGAGAGGUAAUCAAGAAAUAGCUCGGCACUACUAUAUGACCUCGGUCACUUUACCUCGGAGGGAUAAGCUAGUAACGCCAGCUCCAAUUCAGGCAGAGAUACCAUCCGCCCAGCAGGUAAUGGGUAUAGAGCUGCCAGACUAUAGACUUGAUGACGACGCCAGAGCAACCCCAGUAGAAGAGACCUCGGCCGACAUGCCUGGGAUACCAGCUUCGGUUGCAGUCCACAAGCUCGGCACUAACCCUUUGAAAAAGCCUGUAACACAAAAAAGGCGUCUGUUCGAGGGAGAGAGGCUACAAGCAAUCAAGGAAGAAGUGCAGAAGCUCUUACAAGCGGGCUUUAUUAGGCGGGUAGACUAUUGUGAAUGGGUCGCCAACCCUGUCCUUGUCAAGAAGUCAAACGGCAAAUGGCAUAUGUGCAUAGAUUACACUAAUCUAAAUGACGCCUGCCCAAAAGACUACCACCCCUUGCCAAACAUAGACAAGCUGGUAGAGGCCGCAUCUAGAAAUGAAAGACUUAGCCUUUUGGAUGCUUACUCAAGAUAUCACCAGGUCCACAUGGCAUCCGAGGACGAAGUCAAGACCUCCUUCUAUGCCGGAGACGAGAUUUAUUGUUAUGUCAUGAUGCCAUUUGGGCUAAAAAAUGCAGGAGCCACAUACCAAAAAAUGGUGACUAUUGUAUUCCGAGCUCAGAUCGGCAGGAACUUGGAAGUCUACGUUGAUGACAUAGUGGUCAAGAGCCGCAGAGCAGAAGAUCACUUGACCGACCUGGGGGAGACAUUUAAUAAUUUAAAAAGGCACAGUAUGAAGUUGAAUCCAGCCAAGUGCGUCUUCGGAGUUGAAUCUGAAAAAUUCUUGGGGUUCCUAGUCUCUAGAAGGGGAAUAGAGGUCAAUCCCGAAAAAAUAAAGGCGAUAGAAGAGAUGAAACCGCCGAAGUCAAUCAAAGAUGUACAGCGCCUAACUGGGCGAGUGGCAGCCCUGCACAGGUUCAUUUCCAAAUCGACUGAUAGAUGUUUUCUUUUCUUCAAAAUCCUCAGAUCUACAACUCAGAAAGGCGAAACCGAGAAACCCAGAAAGUUUGAAUGGACUCCAGAGUGUCAAACCUCUUUUGAAGAGCUCAAGGCAUACCUUAGCUCACCCCCCCUAUUAACCAAAGCCGAAGAGGGGGAUACACUUUACCUCUACCUCGGAAUCUCAGAUACAGCACUCAGCUCGGUUUUGAUCAGGGAAACAGCACAGUUGCAGAGGCCAGUCUAUUACACAAGCAAAGUGCUACAGGGAGUCGAAUUGAGGUACUCCACGGCAGAAAAAGCAACUCUUGCGGUCGUCGCUACAGCCAGGAAGUUAAGGCCGUACUUCCAAGCCCAUCCCAUUGUUGUUCUGAUUGACCUACCCCUGAGACAGAUUUUGCAGAAACCAGAAUGUUCAGGCAGACUCAUCAAGUGGGUAGUGGAGUUGGGAGAGUUCCAGAUCACCUUUCAACAAAGGUCAUCAGUCCGAGGUCAGGCUCUAGCAGAUUUUGUAGUUGAGUGUACCUUCGACCAGAAAAACGUUGACACCGAAGUCGAACAGUGGACUCUUUAUGUGGAUGGUGCGUCUAACAGCAAAGGGGCAGGAGCUCGCGCGGUACUAAUUGGACCAGAACACUUCCGAAGUGAGCAUGCUCUGAAGUUCAACUUCGAAGCAACCAACAACAUGGCCGAGUAUGAGGCCCUUCUGCUCGAACUUCGUCUUGCGGUCGAACUGAAAGUCACAUCUCUCCAAGUCUACAGCGACUCCCAGCUGGUGGUCAAUCAAGUAAAUUCCCUUUGCGAAGUAGCAGACCCAGUUGUAGCCAAAUACCUAGCCCUCGUCUCUAAGCUGAAGUGCCAAUUUGAGCAAUUCAGGCUCACAAAAGUUCCGAGGUCAGAAAAUGAACAUGCAGAUUCUCUAUCACAACUGGCCUCCGACACCUCCCGAGGGGGGAGAUCUAUUUACGUUGAAGUCCUAAAUGCACCAAGCUUCCAGAAGAUAGAAGUACUGGAGGUCAGUACUGACCCCGAAACUGCAAGCUGGACUGACCCCAUCAAAGCCUACCUACAGGAUGGAACUGUCCCAACCGAUAAGCAAGAGGAGCUAAAGCAAGAGGAGCUAAAGCAAGAGGAGCUAAAGCUACGGAGAAAAGCGUCAAGAUACACCUUGCUUGAUGGCAUCCUGUAUAAAAGGUCCUACUCACUUCCCCUUCUCUACUGUUUAACCUCCUAUGAGGCCGAGUAUGCUCUCCACGAAGUGCACGAGGGUGUAUGUGGAAGCCAUGUCGGAGCUCGGACUUUGGCUCAUAAGCCAGCAGAAGAACUGAGAAACUUAGUGGCACCAUGGCCUUUUGCCCAAUGGGGGCUGGAUCUGCUGGGUCCUUUUGUCAAAGGUGUGGGGGGAGUAACACAUCUGGUUAUGGUGGUCGACUACUUCACAAAAUGGGUCGAAGCACGACCCCUAUCCGGUCUGACCUCAAGAAGGAUUGAAGAUUUUGUCUUCAGUGCAAUCAUCUGCCGAUACGGCAUACCGAAUCAAAUUGUCACCGACAAUGGGCCUCAGUUCAAUUGCACCUCCUUCAGGGAUUUCUGCUCCAGCUAUGGAAUUAAAUUACUGUUCACUUCGGUUUAUCACCCUGAGACUAAUGGAAUGGUUGAAUCAGUGAACAAAGCUAUUCUAGAAGGAAUUAAGCCGAGGACGGCUACAGGCGAAACGCCCUAUCAUCUGGCUUUUGGGACAGAGGCAAUCAUUCCCGUCGAACUCGGCGUCCCGAGCUUACGAGUUAGCCAUUUCGACUCAACCCGAAAUGACUUGCUACUUCGGGAAGACCUUGACCUCUUGGACGAAGUCCGUGAGCACGCUCGACUCUGGACAAUAGCAUAUAAGCAGAAGAUCGCCAACUUUUAUAACAAACGAGUUCAACCUCGAAGCUUCAAGAUUGGUGACCUCGUCCUCAGAAAGGCAGGACUCACCGGCUUCGAGACCCGCUUCGGCAAGCUAGCACCGAACUGGGAAGGCCCGUAUGUAGUGGCUGAAGUACCCCACCCCCGGCGCUUAUGUACUUCAAGACGCCGAGGGUAAAAGGAUUCCUAGAGUAUGGAAUGUAAACAAUUUAAAGAAAUUCUACUCUUAAUAAAGCUCAUUCUUGUUCAGCCUAAACGUUGCAUUUUUCGAAGUCCAGGCGCACUUCUUUUUACCUUGCAAUAAAUUACGUUCAUUUUA